AUGAACACCCCAAUGCUCCCUUCCCCUUCCCUGUUCCUGGACGACCAAAUCUGUGUUGAGGACUCUGCAAUGGAGGAGGUGGAGGAGAAUCCUGACAACAACAAAAAUGAGGAUGACCAGCCUUCCAGUAAUGAGAACAAGGAUGAUCAGCUGUCCAGUAGUGAGAAUGAGGAUGACCUGCCAUCCAGUAGUGAGAAAGAGGAUGACCAGCUGCCUGGUAGCAAUGACAAUGACAAGGGUUCCAAUUACAAUGAGAAUGAGAAUGAUGACAAGGAGAUGGAGAGCUCGAGUGACUCUCAUGAUGAUGAUGAUGCAUGUGCUCACAAUGCUCAGACCAUUUCUUGUGCCCAGUCCCCACUUCCCCUGUCCUCACCACCUGCAUAUGAGUCUGAUGACUCUGCCCAUCCUAAGAAGGGCAAAGGUAGGGCUAUAGAUGCCAAGGACAUUGAUGCUGCAAACCACAGUGACCAUGACACCCAACUCCCAAACCUCAAGAAGCCAGGGAAUCUGUCCACAGCAGCAUUAGAUGAAAUAUGUGCUUUUUCUGCAUGUGACAUACUUGUUGCUGCAGGAUUUAGUGUUAAGGCUUCUCAUACCAAAAUUAAUGAGGCCAACCUCUUCCACUUGUGGUAUUGGACCAUGCAGCCCAAACCAGAUGGUGGUAUGGCUUUCCUCCCUCUCACAUCUACUGAGUACAACACCCUCAUGAUAGGCAUCCCCAAGGAUGACUUUGCAGCAAGGAGGGAAAAGUUAAAAUCUGUCUAUGAGUGGAGUGAGAGCUCCUCCACCAUACCAACUAAGCAAUCUGUCAAAUCUAUUGCAGCUAGAGUGGACAAUGCAAAGGCACAAUUUUCUGGAUUGGUGGAGGUGUGGUCCAAUCUCAAGGAUAUUGAGAUAGUUGGAGUGGUAAUGUAUAUUGGACAGGACCCUGCAGGACAUCAAACUUCUGGCAUAUUUGGAGGCUCCAAGACAAUAAGAAACUUGAUCAAUGAAAAUGGCAUUGAUGUCUGGUCACUCAUGGAUAAGUAUACCAUGAUUUUCAAGUGUCUCAGGAAUGGUGACAGUGCAGAUGCCAGGGUGGCUGGCACCAGUUCCAUUGGAGAUGUGGGUUCUGUGCUGGAACUAUGUUGCUGUACAAAGGAGACUCUGAGAGACUGCAACCACAGAGUAUCCAGAAGCAUGAUGAAGGAGAAGAUGUUGGCCACAUUGAGAGAUCUGCACAUCACACAUGGCAUUGAAGUUGGUGAUCCCCAGAAAGUUUCCUGGCACCAGCUUCUCAAGUUUUUGUGGAAGAGCCACCUCACUAUUGUCAACUGGCCCCAUGGUGUAUCUCCACCAAGCCCUGGUUUUGAGUACAAGAAACUUAAGGCUGGCCCUCUUCAUCAACUUGUAGUACCUUACCUUCAGAGAAAACUGGGUCUUUUGUAUGAUGGGCAAACCAAUGAUGAGGAAGAACAAGAUAGUCUGGAUGAUUUGGAUGCUGACCCUUUGAAGGGUGAGAUUGUGCUUGUCAAAGCUACCAAUGGUACUGUUUUGCAGCAGAUCUCAGAUGAUCCAGAGUGGCAGAAGUCCCUCAAGGAAACAGAUCACCAGCAGCAAGGCACAGAAGUCCUUUGA